CAAGCAGCGAGACUCUUUUUUUUCCGCAGCACGAUGGAUUCUCCUCUGGGCGGCCAGGCGCACAGUCAAGCCGAUACCGUACCGUCAACCCCUGCCCUACCGUCCCAGUCUUGCAGUCCGCCCAUGACGGGACAGGCAGGAGGCAGUAUCGGCCCGGGGGGCACAUCACCACCCAACUCGGGCAGCCACACGACGUCGGUAGCGUUCUCGAUGAAUCAUGGACCUCACAACAUAAAUAUCAAUAACAACAAUAUUUUGGCUUGCAAGAUGCAGGCAGUGAAAAGCUCCACGUACAGUUCACCCCCGCCAAUGCCGUCAAACCCGGAAAACAACGUGUGUAAGUUGAUAGAGUACCGUGGGGCCAAAGUGGCAGCGUUUGUUGUGGAUGGGCAAGAGUUGAUCUGCUUACCACAGGCGUUCGAACUUUUCCUGAAGCAUCUCGUGGGAGGGCUACACACCGUGUACACGAAACUAAAACGACUCGAUAUCGUACCUGUUGUGUGUAAUGUCGAACAGGUGAGAAUCCUGCGCGGACUCGGAGCCAUUCAACCAGGUGUCAACCGCUGCAAACUACUCUCAUGUAAAGACUUUGAUGUCUUAUAUGAAGACUGUACAAAUUCCAGUGCUCGUCCUGGUCGACCUCCAAAACGCAGUCCCUCAAUCCACGCCAGUCAUGAUACCCUAGACAAGCUGAAAAAGUCAAGGUUAGACAAUGGCGACCAUUACAGCUUUGACCCCAGACUCUAUGGGGGAGGUGACCGGAAGACGUCAGCAUUGUUGAAUGGCUUCCCACACAGUCCGUAUGCAUUGUCGGCCAUUCCCUUCAUGCCGUUUGGCCACCCCAUGAUGUCCCCACCUACAUCCAUGGGCAUGGCCGCUGCAGCCCACUUGGGCUUACGCCCUGAUGGCUCCGUCAUCAAGGACAGGUCCAGUUCGGAGUCAGACCUCAUUUCACCCAGGUCAAGAGAGGACAAGAUUGAUCAAGUUCGGGGAUUAGCAAAAGCCGCUUUGUUGGACGUAGAAAAGGAAUGUGUUCAGGGAAUGGAUUAUCAUUCAGACAAACCCCUUAACUUGAACAUCAAUGGCCACCUGGAUUUGUCAACCAAGCAGAAGUCAGGACGAAGGCGAGUUGAUGAGGAUGACAGUGAUGAUGAUCAUGACUCUGAUGAUGACAAAGAUGAAGACCUGGAGAGUUUACAUAUGUCAGAGCCCACCCCAGUGGGCGAGGCCAGUGACAAACUGGGGUCACAUGCUCAGGCGUUCGGGGCACAGCUCGUCAAUGGAGAUGCCCAGGGACUCUCUUCCAUCGAAACACUUCUUCUUAACAUCCAGGGAUUGUUGAAAGUGGCAGCUGAAAAUGCCAGACACCACGAAAGACAGUUCAGUUUGGAGAAAGCUGAAUUGAAAAUGGAGGUGCUACGAGAGAGGGAGGUGAGAGAAAACCUGGAAAAGCAGCUUUUGGACGAACAGAAAGUCAGAGCUAUCUUGCAAAAGAGAUUAAAGAAAGAAAAGAAGGCAAGAAAGCGACUGUUGGAUCAGCUUGACUCAGAACAGAAGCGAGUCGCCCACUUGGACGAAUCUCCGAAAUCUUCACCCUCAGAUCCUCUCCGACUCAGCAAUGAUUCAGUUUCUCAAGAUUUGAGCCUGGAAGGACAGAGAUCAGCAUCCGAUAGAAAACUGAUAGAUUCAAGUUCUGAUCGAAGUAGUCAUUUGUAUGAGAGCUACCUUCAGUCUAACAACUCUGGCACUUCAAGAUUUCCAUACCUCCCAUUGGUCAAAAAUGAUGCUUAGUAGAAACAGUGGACAAGGUGUCAGACUGUUUUAUGAAGCCAUUUUCAGGAAGUUUUAAAAACUGUUUUGGUCAUUUGUGAGAACAGCUACUCCAUAUAGGCGACCAUCUUUACUAGAAACUUGGUUGU